ACCAUGAGGAAGACGGCGCUCGUGAAUCCAGCCUGUUUCUAUUUUUUGCCUUCCCUUUGACUCGGGAAGUAGUCGCGAAAAUAACUGCGCGUUUGACAACCAAGGGACACAUUACACUGUAGUGAAGUGAGUCGUUGCGAUGGCAGUGCGUCUCCCUCCCUGCGUCAUUGACUGUGGGACAGGGUAUACCAAGAUUGGUUAUGCUGGAAACACAGAGCCGCAGUUCAUCAUGCCAUCCUGUAUUGCUGUCAGAGAAACAGCCAGUGUGGGAGAUCAAGCACAAAGACGUCUCAUGAAAGGGGUAGAUGACCUUGAUUUCUUUAUUGGAGAUGAAGCCAUUGACAAACCCAACUAUGCAACCAAGUGGCCCAUCAGGCAUGGCAUUAUUGAGGACUGGGACCUCAUGGAGAAAUUCUUGGAACAGAUCAUUUUCAAAUAUCUCCGAGCUGAGCCAGAAGACCAUAACGUUCUCAUGACAGAGCCUCCUCUCAAUACCCCAGAGAACAGAGAAUACUUAGCUGAGAUCAUGUUUGAAACUUUUAAUGUCCCAGGGCUGUAUGUAGCUGUUCAGGCUGUUUUGGCACUCGCAGCAUCUUGGACUUCAAGACAAGUUGGUGAACGAACGCUAACAGGGAUUGUAAUCGACAGUGGUGAUGGAGUUACUCAUGCCAUACCAGUGGCUGAAGGUUAUGUGAUUGGCAGCUGCAUAAAGCACAUCCCUAUAGCCGGCAGAGAUAUCACUUAUUUUAUUCAGCAGCUGCUCAGAGAAAGAGAGGUCGGGAUUCCUCCAGAACAGUCACUGGAGACCGCAAAAGCUGUGAAAGAAAGGUAUUGCUACAUCUGCCCAGACAUAGUGAAGGAAUUCACCAAAUAUGACAUGGAUCCUGGCAAAUGGAUCAAAAAAUACAAGGGAAUCAAUGCCAUCAGCAAAAAUGAAUUUCAAAUAGAUGUCGGAUAUGAACGCUUUCUGGGACCAGAGAUAUUUUUUCACCCUGAGUUUGCCAACCCAGAUUUUAUGCAGCCCAUCUCAGACGUGGUGGAUGAAGUUAUACAGAACUGCCCAAUAGAUGUCAGAAGACCUCUUUACAAGAAUAUAGUGCUGUCCGGCGGCUCCACCAUGUUUCGUGACUUCGGCCGCAGACUCCAGCGAGAUCUGAAGCGUGUGGUGGAUGCCAGACUGAAACUGAGUGAAGAGCUCAGCGGAGGCCGAAUAAAGCCCAAGCCAAUAGAAGUUCAGGUGAUAUCUCAUCACAUGCAGAGAUACGCCGUGUGGUUCGGGGGAUCCAUGUUGGCGUCUACGCCCGAGUUCUUCCAGGUCUGCCACUCUAAGGAGGACUAUGAAGAAUAUGGCCCCAGAAUCUGUCGUCAUAACCCGGUCUUCGGCAUCAUGUCCUAGUGCUGGUUAUGCAGACCUGUAGAUGUAGAUUUCAUCUACAUGAAAUCUACAUGUAGAUUUCAUGUAUCCCCCCCCCCGAAAAAGAAUGAUUCGGGCUUUGACAAGCUUAGAAUGGAAGGAACAAAGCUUUUUGUUUAUCAGUGAAAGUGUCAGAGGCAGGCAGGUAUUACGUGGAUUGAAACUGGAGACGUGAGCCUCGUGCUUUGAAAGCAUGCGCUGAAUGUUCAAUAUUGCAAAUGCAGCAUAAAAGAGGAAUUUAAGAAUCGCGCACUGACUGCAGGCGCUCAGGUGAAGCCAUACAUCGGUGACUGUUUUCUUUGCAAAAAAUCUCAUUUUGGUUUGCUUGUAGUUUGAAGGAACCCAAAAAUAAAAUGUCCGUCAUUUUGGGGCUAAAUUUGUGGCAACAUGUUCACACUGUUUUUCUCCAUAUAAAGUCAGUGUUAAUAAAAACUAGGCAUUGUCUUUUAAAGUCAUAAUCCACUUGCAUUUGCUAUACAUUCAAACUCAACUCACUGAAAGGCUUGUCUUUCAUCAUUAUAUUCAAAUGCCAUUGGUUCUCUUUUGGAGCAUUAGUGAAUAUGCUGAAGUGCAAGAGAUUUUUGUGAGAGCUUCAGCAUAAUGGAAGAUUUUCAAUGAACAGAAUCAUAUAAAUAGUCAGCGUGACUAAAGCCUUUGCAGAUGAUCCACAAUGCAACAGUACAUCUGCUAUUCAAUCAGCCAUAGAGAGUCCACGUCACACUUUAGAUUGGUCUCACAUCAGUCGCUAUACCUGCAGCCUCCUGCAUCAGAUUCAAGGCUUUGACAUUGGCCUUCAGGACAGUUACCUCUGUUUUAAAACCUGAAAGAAAGUAUGAAAAAGGGCAGCGUGAACACUCUGCUCCUGAUGUUCAAUGGAAGCAAAACUUUGGAAAUUCUUAAGGUUGGUAAAUGAUGACAGAAGGUUCAUUUGUGGGUUCCUUUAAAGUUUGUUUGCUGUGAUCUGUAUGCACGCAGGUUUUGUAACUACACUGAAUGAAAUGUAGAAUGCCAUUGAAUUGUACAUACAUAGAUUUUCUAUAUUAUAUGGUGGAUUGUUUAAGAGUUAGUUUAUAUUUGAAUUAAAGUUGGGAAAAAGAUUUGGGAGCAACCAGUAUGGAUUUGAAUGUGUGUUUCUUCUUACAGGGAGGAGGUAUAUAGCUUGGUCUUGUGAAGAUAUAUUUAAUAAAUUCUUUUUGCCAAAAAGAACGAUGCUUUAUUUGAUCCCUGGAAUGCAUAUUGUAUGUAUUUUAGUUUAAAGCUGUUGCAUAGGAGGCACUGAGUGUGAUAACUUCGCAACCAUAAAGAAACAUGCUGUUUAAAGCUAAUGUGAAUAAAAGCUUU